CCUCUUCCGGCUUCCAGCGUCAACUGCGUUCGGAGCUUUAGUGUUGGAGCGAGGAGAGGGCUUGGCGACUUGCAGGAUGAUCGAGGUUGUUUGCAACGACCGUCUGGGGAAGAAGGUCCGUGUCAAGUGCAACACGGAUGACACCAUCGGGGACCUGAAGAAACUGAUUGCAGCCCAAACCGGCACCCGUUGGAACAAGAUUGUUCUGAAGAAGUGGUAUACGAUUUUUAAGGACCACGUGUCGCUGGGGGACUACGAAAUCCACGACGGGAUGAACCUGGAGCUUUACUACCAAUAGAGCAGAAUUCCUCCCGCUUGCUCUCAUCCACCUCCCAUCCCCCACAAGAGUAUGGUUGCUCGUUUUUAAGAACUCACACAAAUAAAAGCUUCAAUGCUG